AUGAUCCAUUUCGUUCUCUUUGUACGUUCACAAUUGAGUUCAUUACAUGUACACCCUAUCUAUCUAUCUAUCUAUCUAUCUAUCUAUCUAUCUAUCUAUCUAUCUAUCUAUCUAUCUUCUCACUCCGUAUUUCCAUGUAGCGCCAUCCUCAUGAGAGUACAUCAGUACAAUCUUUCAAUCUGUUCCUUUUUUUCUCUAUCUUCUUUUUCACCCUUGCUUUCUCACGGUCUCUCUCUCUCUCUCUCUCUCUCUCUCUCUACGUUAAACUCUUACUCAUUUUCCCCUUCCUCUUUUUCUUUUCGUUUUCCUUUCUCACUCUUUGUACUUCCCUCUAAUACGAAGCUUUAUUUUCAAAUCACCAUCAUCUUUCCGUUUCUCCUCUUCCUCCUCCUCGAAUCUUACUUUUUUCUUUCUUUCUUUCAAAAAUUACCUUUUUUAUUUACCCUCUUUCUUCAAACACUUACUUUCUCUUCUUUUAUUUAUCUUCUUUUUAUCGCCCUCACUUACACUUUCUUAACGUUUUUCUUUUUUUGCAUUCUUCCUUUUUAUCUCUUCAUCAUUACCCUCUUCCCUUUUUUCUUUCUUCUUAGUAACUUCUUCAUAACAUUUUUUUCGCUUAAUCCCCUCGCGUUUUCUUUCUUUUUCUUUUCGUUUUCUUUCUUUCGCCCCGUCUCUCUCUCUCUCUCCAUUUUAUUUACACAACCCUUCAUGAUCUCCCUACGCAUGUCAUUUUUUUUAUCUUUUCUCACUCUCUCACUCACUAGUACAUACAUAGACUACCCCUUCUCUCUCUCUCUCUCUCUUUCAAACAUUUUAUUCUCCCUAAGCCGAUUCUCCCAAACACAGCUUUCUCCCCUAUUACUAUCACUCUCUCUCUCUCUCUCUCUCUCUCUCUCUCUAGUAAUACUGUUCAACAAGCAACAACGUAAGAAACGAUGCCACACUUUCUAA